GAGGAGAAACGGAGGAGGGGAAACAGAGGAGAAACAGAAAAGGAGGAGUAGAGCAGUGAACAUAUGAAGGAAGACGCCGCUGCUGAUGACGCUCGACCUUUUUCACCACAGGGAAUAAACACACACUCCCUGAUGAUGUCAUCAUCAUCAUGAUGAUGACAUCAUCAAUGACAUCACUCUGUUCCCCCUGUGGUCAACCCCCCCACGCUGACAGCUGCUGACAUCACAGGCUGGGCUGAGAGUGGGUGGAGCCACAGCAUCAGAGUGAUGGCGAGCUACCUGCUCUGCUGGGGGGGCGGGGCUCUAGAAGACAGGUACCUGUAUGCCCCGCCCUACCCGGCUGUGUACAGAGAGCGACAGGUGAACUGCCCUCCUGAGCUUCUGUACCCUCAGGCUGACGUAGCGGAGCGACUAGCGCGCGGCGGCAGCGACGACGCCCUGACUAAUGGCACGAAGGCCGACCUGCCGGCGGCCAAACGUCUCGCCAAGCGUCUGUAUCACCUGGACGGGUUCAGGAAGUCUGACGUCGCCCGACACCUCAGCAAGAAUAAUGAGUUCAGUCAGAAGGUGGCGCAGGAGUAUCUGCGAAACUUUAACUUCAGCGGUCUGACCAUCGACCAGGCGCUGAGGUUGUUCCUCAGCCAGUUUGCUCUGAUGGGAGAAACUCAGGAGAGAGAGAGAGUGCUGAGUCAUUUCUCCAAGAGAUACAGAGAGUGUAACAGUACUGACAACACUGAAG